UCUACCCCUCCCUCCUCGCCCCUCAUUCCCCUUCCUCUCUAUCCCCUGGCCGCCGUGUGCUCCUGUGACCGAUGCCGCCCCUGCCCGAUUAUUACCCGACGCCGCUGCUCGGCUGAAGCAGCCGCGGGCUCCGAGCCCAGGCUGAUUCGUUGCGCUGACUGACGGCCUGAGUUUAAACUGCUCUCAGUCUCCUCCCCCCACCCCCCCGCAACACAAGCCCCCUCCUGAGCCCCAUCACUUCUCCCCCCUCCCUCCUCUUCCAGUCUGGACGUGCUCUCUCCCAGAACCGUGACGCUCGUGCCGCCGGUCCCACUCGGCCAUCUCAGCGGCUGUCAGACGGAGAGAGGGAACCCGGGGCCGGGACCGAGAGACUGCCGAGCCGGUGUCCAUGGCCGUGUGACCCUGAUCCUGCCCGUCUCUGCCUGAUAGUCCACGAUCCGCUCCGCGCUCCGCUCUCCGCUCCCGACAGUCGGCACCAUGACCGGCAGCUCAGACACCAGGUGGAAGUUAAAAGGCUGCCGGCAUCUCCUCUUCCCGCUGCUUCUCUGCGGCUUCGUGCGGGGCUACAGCGCGGCGCCAGCCAGUCCAGUCGAUGUCCUCCAAGCUUUAGAGUUCCAGAAUUCCCCAGAGGGUGUGGUGAAAACGGCCGGCUUCUGCAAGAACCGGAGGAAUGAGCCAGGACCAGAUGUGGCCUACCGAGUCAGUAAACGGGCACAGCUGAGCGCACCCACCAGGCAGCUGUACCCCGAUGGACAGUUCCCCCAUGAUUUCUCCAUUCUCGUCACCCUGAAACCCAAACGCAAUACACAGGCCUUCCUGUUGUCUGUCUACAAUGGCCAUGGAGUUCAACAGCUGGGUGUCGAGGUUGGCCGCUCCCCUCUAUUCCUCUAUGAGGACCAAAAUGGUCGACCAGCUCCUGAGGACUACCCCGUAUUCGGAACCAUCAACUUGUCUGACAACAAGUGGCACCGACUUGGCAUCAGUGUCCAGAAGAAGAACGUGACACUGAUCCUGGACUGUAAGAAGAAAGUCAGCAAGCCUCUGCCGAGGAGCAGCAACCCCGUCCUGGAUACCAGUGGCAUUGUGGUAUUCGGCACCAGGAUCCUUGACGAAGAAGUUUAUGAGGGGGAUAUCCAGCAGCUGUUGAUCGUUCCAGAUCCCCGAGCGGCCUACGAUUACUGUGACCAUUACAGCCCGGACUGCAAUACUCCGCUGCCCCAGUUACCACAAGCACAGCAAGCCGAGUUGCCCCUGGAGGAGUCCCUGGAGUAUGAGUACGGUAAUGGUGACACAGACUUUGCCCAGUAUUACCAUCACUUCUCCGAGGAACAGCCAACAGUGGGAGGGGAGGAAAGCCAAACGCAGGAACAGAGCAACCUCUUACCAGAGCAGCACGCCGAGGAUUAUUACUAUGAGAUUGUUCAAGAAACAACCAGCUCUUCGUCAGCGAGUGAGAGAGGCAGUGAGACCAACAUGGAUGAAGAUUAUAAAGAAUAUGUGAUUGGAGAAGAUGAUUAUUAUCCUGACGAGAAAGACUCUGAGGGAAAAGAACAGAACUUCAAUGAGUACGAGUACAUCGAACACGACUUCAAAGAAUACAGUGAAAAUGAAAACAGCCUCAAAGGGCAUGACCCCAGUGAACAUGACCCCAGUGAACAUGACCCCAAUGAGUAUGACCCCAAUGAGUAUGAAUUCAAAGGGCAAGACUCCAGAGGUUCUCCAGUUAAAGGUUUAAGGUCCAAUGAUCCCAAUUUCAAAGCAGAUGAUACCGAGUAUGGCCCCAGUGAAUAUGACUUCACUGAACAUGAACUGACAGGGCAAGAGCACAAAGGUCAAGACUUGAAAGGUUCUCCGGCCAAAGGUGCAAGUACCAAUGAUCCUGAUUUCAAAGAGUACGACAUUGAGUACGACCCCAGUGAAUAUGACCCCAGUCAUUAUGGCGAUGAAUAUUAUUAUGAGGUGACAGAAUAUGAGGAUAAGGAGCCAUCGGUCACAGCUGAGGAGAACAUUGGCCAAGGGGUUGCUGCAGAAAUAAGUGUGAGCACGAAUUCUCUGGGACUGAGAGGCGAUAAAGGCCAGAAAGGAGAGCCUGCCGUGGUGGAGCCCGGAAUGCUGAUCGAAGGCCCUCCUGGAUUAGCUGGACCCACGGGUCUCCCAGGCUCCCCCGGUCUGAUGGGUCCACCCGGCCCUCAAGGUGAUCCUGGUCCACGGGGUCCAAUCGGACGAGCCGGACUUCCAGGGGCUGAUGGAUUACCCGGACCACCUGGCACAAUGCUGAUGCUUCCGUUCCGCUAUGGCUCCAGCGGUGAGAAAGGACCUCCGAUAUCUGCACAGGAGGCACAGGCACAGGCCAUUCUACAGCAGGCCAGGAUUGCCAUGAGAGGUCCGGCUGGUCCGAUGGGACUGACAGGAAGGUCGGGGCCAGUGGGAAUUCCUGGCAGUCCAGGAUUGAAGGGUGAUGCUGGCGAUGCUGGUCCUCAGGGUCCUCGUGGAGUUCAAGGAAUAAUGGGAGCGUCCGGAAAGCCUGGCAGGAGGGGUCGGCCUGGAGCUGAUGGACCCCGGGGAAUGCCUGGAGAGCCUGGUUCAAAGGGUGACCGUGGUUUUGAUGGCUUGCCAGGACUUUCUGGAGAAAAAGGCAACCGGGGUGAGACAGGACCCCAGGGAUCCCCCGGGGCACCGGGUGAAGAUGGCGUCAGGGGAGAUGAUGGUGAGAUCGGACCCCGAGGGUUGCCUGGAGAAGCUGGUCCCAGAGGACUUCUCGGGCCCCGAGGAUCUCCCGGACCUCCAGGACAACCCGGACCUUCUGGUUUGGAUGGACCUCAGGGGCCCAAAGGAAACAUGGGUCCUCAAGGCGAGCCGGGCCCUGCAGGACAACAGGGGAUUCCGGGGCCCCAGGGUCUCCCCGGACCUCAAGGCACGAUCGGACCCCCAGGAGCAAAGGGUCCUCAGGGAAAAGCUGGUCUCCCAGGUCUCCGAGGAGCCGACGGACCUCCGGGACAUCCAGGAAAAGAAGGUCCUCCAGGAGAGAAAGGCUCUCAGGGAGUAACUGGUGCACAGGGCCCACUUGGCUAUCCCGGCCCCCGCGGAGUGAAGGGUGCCGAUGGAGUCCGCGGCCUCAAAGGCGGAAAAGGAGAAAAGGGUGAAGAUGGUUUCCCUGGGUUUAAAGGUGACAUGGGGCUGAAGGGGGAGCGGGGUGAGACCGGGUUACCAGGACCCCGUGGAGAGGAUGGACCCGAGGGUCCCAAAGGUCGUUCUGGACCCCCAGGAGACUCUGGUGCAGCGGGAUUGGCUGGAGAGAAGGGAAAGUUGGGCGUUCCAGGAUUGCCAGGAUAUCCCGGCAGGCAAGGACCAAAGGGAUCAACCGGAUUCCCGGGAUUCCCAGGAGCUAAUGGAGAGAAAGGAGCAAGGGGAGUUCACGGAAAACCUGGAGCAAGAGGUCAGCGAGGCCCAACAGGCCCACGAGGAGGUCGAGGUCCAAGAGGUCCCACUGGGAAACCUGGAGCAAAGGGAACAUCGGGCAACGACGGGCCCCCGGGAACUCCUGGGGAAAGGGGACCACAAGGACCCCAGGGGCCAGUCGGAUUUCCAGGACUGAAGGGGCCACCUGGUCCAGCGGGUAAAGAUGGACUUCCCGGCCAUCCCGGUCAGCGGGGAGAGACGGGUUUCCAAGGGAAGACUGGCCCACCAGGUCCAGGAGGUGUUGUGGGACCCCAGGGACCCACGGGAGAGACUGGUCCCAUGGGUGAGAGGGGACAUCCUGGUCCCCCUGGCCCUCCAGGAGAACAAGGGCUGCCAGGAGCUGCAGGGAAGGAAGGAGCCAAGGGUGAUCCUGGACCCAGUGGGAUUGCUGGAAAAGAUGGUCCUCCUGGAUUACAAGGUUUCCCUGGGCAGCGAGGGCUUCCCGGAGGCACGGGUCCAGCUGGACUGAAAGGAGCUGAGGGCCCAAUGGGACCAGUUGGGCCAGUGGGCUCUCCUGGUCAACGGGGAUCAGCUGGACCUGGUGGACCUAUUGGUCUCCCUGGUCGACCUGGACCACAAGGUGGACUCGGCCCUGCUGGAGAGAAAGGAGCUCCGGGGGAGAGAGGACCACCGGGACCAGCCGGUCGAGAUGGAGUUCAGGGACCCGUGGGGUUGCCAGGACCUGCAGGUCCACAGGGACCUCCAGGAGAAGAUGGUGACAAGGGGGAGAUUGGAGGACCCGGCCAGAAAGGAGGCAAGGGAGCAAAAGGUGAACAGGGACCGCCGGGACCGCCUGGGCUUCAAGGACCCAUUGGACAACCAGGAGCUGCUGGAGGUGAUGGAUUGCCGGGUCCUCGGGGCCAGCAGGGAAUGUUCGGGCAGAAAGGUGAUGAAGGAUCACGAGGAUUCCCUGGUCUUCCUGGUCCAGUUGGUCUGCAAGGUCUUCCAGGACCUCCAGGUGAGAAAGGAGAGGCAGGCGAUGUAGGAGCAAUGGGACCACCAGGACCUCCAGGGCCAAGAGGACCUCAUGGUCCAAGCGGUUCUGAUGGAGCUCCAGGUCCCUCGGGGGCAAUCGGUUCUCCUGGUGGUGUUGGUGAGAAGGGUGAGACAGGUGAAGCAGGCGACCCUGGUCCACAAGGGGUGAGAGGGCGCAAGGGUCCUAAGGGUGAUGUCGGAGAGAAGGGUGAAGCUGGACCCCCUGGAGCAGCUGGACCAGCAGGACCAAGGGGGCCACCAGGAGACGAUGGGCCAAAGGGUAACCCGGGUCCCGUCGGUUUCCCUGGUGAUCCGGGACCACCGGGUGAAGCAGGAACUCCGGGUCUGGAUGGAAUAGGAGGAGAGAAAGGAGAGGACGGGGAGGCUGGUCAACCGGGUCCACCCGGCCCCUCUGGAGAAGCUGGUGUUCCAGGACCUCCCGGAAAGCGGGGGCCGCCCGGAGCAGCCGGAGCUGAAGGACGACAAGGAGAUAAAGGAGCCAAGGGCGAAGCAGGUGCUGAGGGACCUCCAGGCAAGACUGGACCGGUGGGGCCACAGGGUCCUCCAGGAAAAUCAGGGCCCGAGGGGUUGCGAGGAAUUCCUGGCCCAGUGGGUGAGCAAGGGCACCCAGGACCCUCUGGUCAGGAUGGACCACCAGGACCUAUGGGACCCCCUGGUCUGCCUGGACUGAAAGGAGAUCCAGGAAGCAAGGGAGAGAAAGGACAUCCCGGUUUGAUUGGGCUGAUCGGCCCUCCUGGAGAACAGGGAGAGAAGGGUGACCGUGGUUUGCCUGGACUACAGGGCCUUCCAGGAAGCAAAGGAGAUGUUGGAUUAGCUGGAGCUUCAGGACCUCUUGGACCCCCUGGACCCCCUGGCCUGCCUGGUCCAAUGGGGCCAAAAGGAUCAAAGGGAUCCACGGGUCCGGCAGGCCAGAAGGGUGAUACCGGAGCAAUCGGCAUUCCCGGACCUCCCGGACCACCGGGAGAGGUGAUCCAACCACUGCCCAUCCGGACACCCAAGAAGACCAGGAGGUCUUCAGACAAGAUGCAGGCUGACCAGGCAGUUGACUAUGUGGAGGGACUGGAUGACAUAUUCAGCUCCCUGGACACCCUGAAGAUGGAGGUGGACUACAUGAAGAAUCCAAUGGGAACCCAGAGCAACCCGGCCCGGACCUGCAAGGACCUGCAACUGUCCCACCCAGACUUCCCUGAUGGUGAGUACUGGAUUGACCCGAACCAGGGCUGCACUGGAGACUCCUUCAAGGUUUACUGCAACUUCACCAGCGGCAGCGAGACCUGCAUCUAUCCUGACAGCAAGUCACGGGGAGCUCGACUAUCUCCCUGGUCCAAGGAAUCACCUGGAUCCUGGUUCAGUGAAUUCAAGCGGGGAAGGCUGCUGUCCUAUGUGGAUGCUCAAGGUGAAAUCAUUAACGAGGUGCAGAUGACAUUCCUGAAGUUGCUGAGUUCAUCGGCACGACAGAACUUCAGCUACAUCUGCCAGCAGUCUGUGGCCUGGCACGACGCAUUGUCGGACAGCUACGAUAAGGCACUGAGGUUCCUGGGCUCCAAUGAUGAGGAGAUGUCACACGAUAACAACCCUUAUAUCAAAGCCAUCAGUGACGGCUGUAGUUUGAGGAAAGGUUUGGGCAAGACCGUACUUGAGAUCAACACUCCCAAAGUGCAACAAGUGCCCGUCAUAGACUUUUUGGUGAGUGACUUUGGGAAUCCGAACCAGAAAUUUGGGUUUGAAGUUGGUCCCGUCUGCUUCCUGGGUUAAUGAUGGAGACCAGACCGUGUAGAGCAAUUGAACAUCCAACUUCCUCAAGGCACCUGCAAGUUCAGCAGCUGGACGGAAAUUCCUUCCCUCUGUGUGCACACUAUUACCGAGAGAAUACUGAAUGCCCUCGUGGGGCACCAAUCACAUGACAUAAACCUACGGGAGACACGGCGUGGAAUGUCCCCCUGUGCUGUGCUGUUCCCUCAGUGGAGUCAUCACUUCAGAGGAGUCUUGUGUUGUGUAAUCUCACAGCUGAGAUGCUGAGAAGAUGUAUUUUAUUGAACUGUAAUUAUUCUUUUUGUAAAUUAUCUCUCGUCUUUCAGAACUUGCAAGUGUCUCUCUCUCUCUCUUUGGCUUCCCGUUUUACAAUAACUUUUUGUAAAAUUAAUUAAAAAUAUACGGUGUAAACAAAAAAAAUUGAAAAUAAAUUG